CACUCAAUGGCCAAAACAAAGUCCUGAAGCAUACUUUUAGAAGCAUAGUAGAAUUAAUGUUAGCCCGAUACUAAAGGAUGUGAUACUAGGACGUGCAGAUGCUAUGCGAAAAAAACAAAACAUGCAAGAGAAGAUAAAAGAGCAGACAAAGAAGGUGAUUUCAGCCUCCCGUAAACUAUCGUUGAAGAUCCUUCUGCUGACUCGUGCGUCGGAGGAGCUGGAGGCAGAGAAGGCUGCGAGAGAAGAAGAGAAGGUUCGCUACAUUGGAGAAAAGCUUCCCCCACUGCAGCUCACUGCCUUAAACAUGGAUGAACUGCAGGAAAUCUGUCAGCAGAUGCAUUCACAGAUUGAUGCGGUGGAUGAAGAGCGAUACGACUUUGAAGCCAAAGUCUUCAAGAACUACAGAGAUAUAUAUGAACUGAAUCUCAAAGUGCAGGACCUCGGAGGAAAGUUCAAGAAGCCAGCUUUGAGGAAGGUGAGAGUGUCAGCGGACGAGAUGAUGAAAGCUCUCUUUGGCUCUAGAACCAAAGAGUCCGUGGACCUGAGGGGAAACCUGAAGUCUGUAAAGAAAGAGGACAUAAAACAAGAGAAGGAGAUGAACAUGGAGGUGGGUGACUGGCGCAAGAACGUGGAAGCCAUGUCUGAUAUGAAGGGCAGGAAGAAGAUGUUUGAUGCAUAA